CAAGAUGGCGGCGUCCAUGUCGAAGUAUCAUUCUCUUACUUUCUGUUGACAUAAAUAGCAAGACUGAGUCGCUUAAACUAAUCAACGCGGUGUUUCUUUAAUGCGGCAUCCAAACAAAACGCAGUUUUUAAUAUCCAUCCCUGGAGGAAGCACGUCUUGGCUGUAGGGAAAAUGUUUUAGUGUUUAUUUAUUUAUAUUUAUCCGCAUUCAUGGCCGCCGACAAUAAAAUUAAUUUCUGGAGGAGGAACGCAAAGGGUCCAGGAAGGUUCCUUAAAGACACUCCAAAGACGGACGCUGUGAGCGUCAAAUCAAAGAAGCCAGCUACGUUCCACGAGUUUGCACGUAGCACCAACGACGCCUGGGACAUCGACGAUGAGGAAGACUCCAGUUACUUCACUCCACUUGCACAUUCCGCUACUGUUCCUGUGCAGUCGCACUCCACAGUCAAAGCACCUCGUCUGAAAGAGACCAACUGUGUGACGGAUAAAGAACCAGAUCCCAGUUCGGAACCAGGAAGCGUAGAUGUCCAGCGAGAUCAGCUGAAGACUGACAGUGAGUCGGUUAGUGGCAGGGUAGUGAAGUCCUGCAGUGACAUCCAGCUGAACAGCAAUUCAGAGCGCAGCACUCUACAGAAACAGCAGUCUCUCCCGGUGCGUCCCAUCAUCCCUCUGGUCGCCCGCAUUUCAGACCAGAAUGCAUCUGGAGCUCCACCCAUGACGGUGAGAGAAAAGACCCGACUGGAUAAGUUCAAGCAGCUGCUGGCGAGUCCCAACACCAACCUGGAGGACUUACGAAAGCACAGCUGGUCAGGGAUCCCACGAGAAGUACGCCCUAUCACUUGGAGACUUCUAUCAGGCUACCUGCCAGCUAAUAUGGAGCGUAGAGAGCUGGUUCUCCAAAGGAAGCGAGAGGAGUACUUUGGCUUCAUCGAGCAGUAUUAUCACUCCAGAACAGACGAGCACCACAGAGACACCUACAGACAGAUUCACAUCGAUAUCCCCAGAACGAAUCCACUGAUUCCUUUGUUCCAGCAGCCGCUGGUACAGGAGGUGUUUGAGAGGAUCCUGUUUAUCUGGGCUAUCCGACAUCCAGCCAGCGGCUAUGUACAGGGCAUCAAUGACCUCGUCACUCCCUUCUUUGUCGUCUUUCUCUCAGAGUUUGUGGAGGAGGACAUGGAGAACUUUGAAAUGGCUGCUCUGCCUUUGGAAACACAACGCAACAUCGAAGCCGACAGUUUCUGGUGUAUGAGCAAGCUUCUGGAUGGAAUCCAGGAUAAUUACACAUUUGCCCAGCCUGGUAUUCAGAAAAAAGUGAAGGCUUUGGAGGAGCUCAUCAGCAGAAUUGACGAGGACAUGCACCUGCACAUUCAGAAGUGCGAGGUUGAGUACCUGCAGUUCGCUUUCCGCUGGAUGAACAACCUGCUGAUGAGGGAGCUACCGCUACGCUGCACAAUCCGCCUGUGGGACACGUACCAGGCCGAGUCAGAGGGCUUCUCUCAUUUCCACCUGUACGUCUGUUCAGCUUUCCUCAUCAAGUGGAGAAAAGAGAUCCUCUCCAUGCUGGACUUCCAGGGUCUGCUGAUGCUCCUACAGAACCUACCCACAAUACACUGGGGCAACGAGGAGGUGGGUUUACUCCUGGCCGAAGCCUACAGACUUAAAUACAUGUUUGCUGACGCUCCUCGCCACUACAAAAGAUGAGGACAUAAUAACGAACACGAUGAAGUGGCCCGACACACACACUGCGCUCUCUCUGUCUUUCUGUCUCGUCUGCAUCGCAGAUGCGUUUCUUCAAUAUUCUUUUACUUCAGACUGGAUGACCGAGUAGAAAUCUAGAAAUCCAGGCUACUCAACACCGGGCUGAACGUACAGUAUCAAUGGAAUGAACCCAAGGUCAAAAGUUCCAGCACUGCAAAUGAUCUCAGAAACUUCUACAUCUCAUCCUCAGGUUUUUUCCCCCCAUAAAUAAUAACCACAGCUCGGAUUGAACUUCUUCCUUUUUUUUUUUUUUUUUCUUUCUUCCUCCAGACGGUAUUAAGUUUUAACAUCAGCUCUUAACACUCCAUGAUGUGUGUGUGUGUGUGUGUGUGCUGUGUUAUUUUUUCUGUCUUUAUUUAAUUCCCUCUGUUUUAAUGACACAGUUUAGUCACUGGACCUGUUUAUCUUGCCAUCAUUGGAGUCAGAUGUCAGAGCAGCCAGAUGUCAGAGCCAUUUGCAGAAAUCUGGGUGAUCUUUCAUUCGAUCGAGACUGGAUUUGACCGAUCUGAUUUUAUAGCUAGUUUCAGACGGGCAGCUAGAAUCCGGUUUUUUAUUUUAUUUUUUGCUUGUUUGUUUGAUUUAGAAAAAAAAACAAACCACUUCAGAUCAAAUUUUAAGCCGGUGUCAUGAAGUCAUCUUUGACACCAUUCUGACACAACGAGCCUCAAUAUUCAGCAUUAUCUAGUUUAUGUAGUUAACAUUUAAAUAACUAUCAAUGCUUCUAUUUAGCUUAUUUAAUAUAAGGAGAAAAAUCUAACUACUAUCAGUCCAAAAUGUCUUUAAAAUGUCGGAUGUUCUUGACGAUUCUGGCCACAUUUAACACGAGCAUCGACAAAACAAAUCAAAUCCUGCCCUCACUUGCGUUAUAACAGCUAUAACACUUAUAACUUAUACAUAUAAGAAGGCCUCUCCUUAACAAUUGACAAGCCUAUAUAAAUAAAUUAAUGAACUAGUGAAUAAAUAAAGAAAUAAAUGCAGUCUCCAUCCUAAUGAAAACUUGAUCAACAGUUACACACGUUUUUUUAAUACGUUUAUUCAGAGAAUUCCCCAAAAAUGAUUUCUCUCCGUGUUCCGCGUGUUAUAAAAGAAACGAUAGCAUAUUUAAAAAAAAAAACGUUUCAUUCCAGAUUCCAAACUUCAAUUGGAAGCUAGCACGAAUAGCUUAAUUUUUCGUUUUUUUAACAAUUAAAAAAAAUGGUUGUACUUUUAGUCUAGUGCUGAAUUAAUGCCAGUUGAUGUAUCACGUACCAAGUGGACGGUUUCAGUGAAGUCAGUGAAGAAGUCCAGAUGAUAUCAGAGUUAGCGGAUGGGACGACGUGAAGUCAGAAUAACAACACUAACAAAAAAAAAAAGGUAACUGACUGGACGUUAUCCAAUUCAUAAAACUAGCUAAUGUUUUGUCUUAUUUCCGCUACUCUUAUUUCCGCUACUCAGCAUAUAAACAGAUGUGUUGUUGCUAUAAGAACUGGAUUUGGAUUCGUAAGCAUGUGUGACUACAGUCAGUACUAAAAAAAAAAAGAAAAUAGGUUUGAGCUCAUGUAAUUUGCAGCACGGACACUCGGGCUUAAAAAUCGGAUUUAAGAAAAUAAAUUAGAUUUGCAAGGCCGUCUGAAAUAUUUGAAGGUUGAAGUGCCUGCAUAUUGCACAAAAGAUCAAAUGAAAAUGUAAUAUUAAUAUAAAUAUUAAAAAGGGUUCUGCUUCUCCUGUGGUAGAACUUCAGAAACGACUAGUGAGCGCAGACCGCCGAAGUCAGACCGUGGUGAAAUAUUAAUAACAUGUUUGUAGCGAGCGAGGCGGUCUAAUGCGAGGUUGUGUUAUGCAAGCAGAUGGUAUAAGGAGAAGAAAAGAGUAAAGAAAAAAAAAACAUCAGUCAGCCAGUAACACGAGCUGUAGCGUGCAUGGACGGAGGAAUUAUUAAAGCUGUGCUGAAAACUGACACGAACAAAAAAAAAAACUUUUACACUGAUCUAGAAUCAGCUUGUUUGAUCAGUUUUUUCUUUCGCAUUUCAGUUGUUUUUAAAUGUGCUAAUGUACUGCAAUCAGCAAUCAGUUAAAAGUAAGCGUACGACUUUUCUCUUGCCGUCUAAAGGUACGCUGUGUAUAAAAUGUAAUGUAUCAAUGUGGAUUAUCUUUUUAUAAAAUCAAAAAGUUUUAGCGUUUUUUUUUUUUUUUGGACGAGCUACAGACCGGUUUCUGUAACACCUCAAGCAAUCAGUUUUCUAAUCCGAAUCUCAUCGACGGCUUUAAUAAUUGAUGAACAGCUGCCACCGUGCUUUAUACGUUAAAGUACCUGGAGUACAUGUGAAUAUAUCGAGCUGUCAGGAUCAGUUCAGAGAAAUUGUAUUCUAUGGGUUUUGCUUUCGCAGGGCAGGAAGUGAUUUAAUGUUUCAUCUGAUGAAUCUACACUUCAACACGCAUCGCUAGAACUGACUCGAGCGCUACGAGGAUGGAACCGUUACGAGGCCUUCGUGUCGAAUUAGUUUUUAUUUUAAACACUGAAACACUUUUCUUUUUUGUGUUUAUGUGGUUUAUAAUUCGGUUCUCACCACAGCUUCAGAUCUCUAGAACGAGUCUUUAAUUGACAUUUCAGGGACGGAUAAAAUAUAAAUUCAUUAGCUAGCCCACAGGGAAAGAGAAAGCUCCAGCGUGCCGCUCAGUCUCACGUGCUGAUACCCGGAAGUCCAAUUAUAACUAGUCCGAAAAGCGGCCACGUAUUUCGACUGAACAGUUUGACGAGAUAAUUAUGUGCGUUAAUAAAUAUUGUGGAAAGUAAGCGAGGACUCGAAUCCCUCAGAGCAGCGGGUUUGUCUAGCUCUUGUUUUUUUUCUUUGCUAUUUUCAUGGUAAUGAAGCUUUGUUUUUGCCUUCUUAAUUAAAAGUCAGGUUACUUUUUUAUUUUGUUUACUUUUUUUUUUAUUGUAGCUUUACUUCUGACUGAUACAAAGUCUCUGAUGUCACAGUGUACGUUGUUGCUAUAGAAACGAUAGCGUAUUAAAACGAGUAAACGGUUACAAACCCGUGAUCUGCUACUGCGUGUCCGAGCCGACCAAUCAGAAUCAAGAAUUCGACAGUUAGGUUUUAUUUGUUUAACAUACCCUAGUGACCAGUCCUCUUUUCUUUUCUAACUGGCUUUGAUCUAGUUUAUAGUGCUGAAAGAUUGGUGUAGCAGCUGUUAAAAAUAAAAAUAUCUCCUGCCAAUAGAGAGAGAGAGAGAGAGAGAGAGAGAGAGAGAGAGAGAGACCACGUCCUCAUUUUGUGCUGGUCUUCGGACAACAGUAGAGCGUGACAAAGCAUCGAGGUGCUUCAAAUGGGGAAAAAAAACAAACAUGUUUAUCAACAGUCUACUGAAGCUGCUUAGCCACCAGACAAAGAAAAAAAACAUCGUUCUCUCUCUCUCUCUCUCUCUCUCUCUCUCUCUCUCUCUCUCUCUCUC